AUGGCCCCCACUAAGAAGUCCAAGUCCGCAAAGUCGACCGAGUCGAUCACGGCCCGCCUCGCGCUCGUCGUCAAGUCGGGCAAGUACACCCUCGGCUACAAGAGCGCCCUCAAGCAGAUGCGCAACUCCAAGGCCAAGCUCAUCCUCAUUGCCGGCAACAUCCCGCCGCUCCGCAAGAGCGAGAUCGAGUACUACGCCAUGUUGUCCAAGACGACCGUCCACCACUACGCUGGCACGAACGUCGCUCUCGGCACUGCGGCCGGCAAGCUCUUCCGCGUCGGUGUCAUGACCAUCACCGACCCGGGAGACUCUGACCUCCUCGCUUUCGCAGAGGCUCAGCAGUAA